AUGGCCACUGUUACGUACGUUACCCCCGCGGCGGUGAAACCCCCUGGGCAGCCCGAUAUUUCGUACGCACCCGAUUUCAAGAAAUAUGAAGCGCGAAGAGACAACCGCGUUAAGUCUGGCGGCUUACCAAGGGAAAUUCCGAAGGGACUGCCCCGGCAGCUAACCGGAAAGCUGGUCUGGGAGGGCAACUCACUUGCAAAAGAGUACGAUUGGACAUAUGUCCUUGAACAAAGCCAGCUCGACGAAAUAGAUCUUGCUGUGAAGCAUUUCAAGUCUCUCAACUUACCCCUUGGUUAUGUGAGCCAGGAGACCUUCCCAUUGCCAAACCUACAUUCUGAGCUACGGAAAUUGUCCGAUGAGCUCCAUAACGGACAUGGCUUUUUCGUGAUUCGCGGUGUUCCCGUUGAUAAGUACAGUCGCGAAGAGAACAUAAUUAUCUACGCGGGUUUAUCGGCGCAUAUUGCCCCUAAACGAGGCCGCCAGGAUAGCAAGUUCGAUGGCAAGCCUGCGGUUGUUACGCUCUCUCAUAUCAAGGAUUUGAGUGGUCCCGGGCGCAAUGAGAUAAUCGGUAGCCCGGCUUUCACUACUGACAAGCAGGUAUUCCACACUGACUCGGGUGACAUCGUUUCCUUAUUCGCUCUCGAAACAGCUGCCGAAGGUGGUGCAAGUAAACUCGCGAGCACAUGGCGAGUGUAUAAUGAGAUCGCUCGUACCCGUCCUGAUCUUAUUCACACAUUGACGGAGAAUUGGAACCCGGAAAACUUUGGUAAUCACGAGCAACCGUUUACGUCAAGACCUAUUAUGCAUUAUCAGCCAGCUACCGAAUCAGCGCCAGAACGCGUGAUUCUCCAAUAUGCUCGACGUUCGUUCGUCGGAUUCGGUGCUUUGCCUCGAAGUCCGGCUAUCCCUCCAAUCACCGAAGCUCAGGCGGAAGCAUUAGACACACUACACUUCCUUGGCGAGAAAUUCUGCGUCGACACGUAUUUCCAAAAGGGAGAUAUUCAAUAUGUCAACAACCUAGCUGUAUUUCACGCCCGAGACGGGUUUAGGAAUGAAGGCGAUAAGCAGCGACAUCUGCUACGGUUCUGGUUACGCGACCCGGAGAAUGCAUGGGAGACGCCGGAGGUGUUGAAGGAGAGAUGGGCUUUGCUAUAUGAUGACAGAGCGCCGGAGUCUGAGGUUCUACCGCUUGAGCCGUAUAUUCGAACUGCAGGUAACAAGAGUGGUCGAGUAGGCUGA